CUGGUCAGCGAGAAGGUCGGAGGGGCCGAGGGGACCAAGCUCGACGAUGACUUCAAGGAGAUGGAAAAGAAGGUGGAUCUGACCAGCAAAGCUGUCACAGAGGUGCUCACCAGGACCAUCGAGUACCUGCAGCCCAACCCAGCUUCCAGGGCCAAGCUGACCAUGCUCAACACCAUGUCCAAGAUCCGGGGGCAGGUGAAGAAUCCCGGAUACCCCCAGUCUGAGGGGCUGCUGGGGGAGAGCAUGAUCCGGUAUGGAAAAGAGCUGGGAGAGGAUUCCAACUUCGGCGACGCUCUGCUGGACGCGGGUGAGUCCAUGAAGCGCCUGGCUGAGGUGAAGGAUUCCCUGGACAUCGAAGUCAAACAGAACUUUAUUGAUCCCCUGCAGAACCUCUGUGACAAAGACCUGAAGGAGAUCCAGCACCACCUGAAGAAGCUGGAAGGGCGGCGCCUGGACUUCGACUACAAGAAGAAGCGCCAGGGGAAGAUCCCGGAUGAGGAGCUCCGACAGGCCAUGGAGAAGUUCGAGGAGUCCAAGGAGGUGGCAGAGACCAGCAUGCACAACCUGCUGGAGACAGAUAUCGAGCAGGUGAGCCAGCUCUCGGCGCUGGUGGACGCCCAGCUGGACUAUCACCGCCAGGCCGUGCAGAUCCUGGACGAGCUGGCCGAGAAACUCAAGCGCAGGAUGAGGGAGGCCUCCUCCCGCCCCAAGCGGGAAUACAAGCCCAAGCCCAGGGAGAGCUACGACUUCGGAGAGAGCGACCAGUCCAACGGGGGCUUCUCCUGCAACCCCACCCCCAAAGUCUCAGCUUCCUCCUCUUUCCGGUCGGACAAACCUUCCCGGGCCUCCGUCAGGAGUAUCCCCCCCCUGGACCAGCCCUGCUGCAAAGCCCUGUACGACUUCGAGCCGGAGAACGACGGCGAGCUGGGCUUCAAGGAGGGCGACAUCAUCACCCUGACGAACCAGAUCGACGAGAACUGGUACGAGGGGAUGAUCCACGGCCACUCCGGCUUCUUCCCGCUCAACUACGUGGAAGUGCUGGUGCCGCUACCUCAGUGAGCCCCCCCCGCCAUUCCCGCCAUUCCCGCCAUUCCAGCCACCACCAGGGAACAACCAGAAGGGUCCCCUCGGCCCCUUCCCUUCCCCCCUCGGGAAUUUGGGGUUUGUUUUUUUUUGUUGUUGUUGUUUUCUGUGUUUUUCGGGGGUUUUUUGGGGUUGUUUGUUUUUUUUUUUUGUCCUUCUGGUGCUUGAACUUCGGUACUUUGCUCAUCCUCCCCCACACACACCGGCACAGGCCUCUCUCCCUUCUCCAGGUUUUUUUUGGUUUUCUCCUCUUUCCUUCGGGUCCAGCGCCUGGAUGAGCCAGGUGGGAGAGCAGGGAGGUGUCCUGGGAAUGCAGAGAUGUAUCCUGGGAAUGCAGGGAUGUGUCCUGGGAAUGCACAGCCCAGUGGGAGA